UCCGGCGUAAAAAUUGUGCCAGACAAAUAUGUGGGUUAAUCUGAGAUGACACGUUGUGGCGACCCCGAAAGGGACAAGCCGAAAGAAACUUACUUUCUAUAAGUCUUUUUGAAUUAAAGUCAGCAAACUUUCACCUAAUUUCCAUCACCUGAAAAAUGACUAAUUUCGGGGGCGAAGCCUCUGACGUCACUCAAGGUGGACCGGCGAUUGUACGACUUACGUGAGCACAGUGACUCAGAAUUCCUCAGUGAUUGUAAGUUAAAACCAAUCCAUAACAAUGGUGAACAUGUGUGUGGUUCAGUUUUGUCGCAAUUCAAAUAAUUCUGGUCACAGUGUGCAUUAUUAUCCCAAAGACCCAAACCUCAGAAGACAAUGGGUCAGCUUUGUGCAAACGAAGAGGGCUAAUUUUUCCAAACCCGGUCAACACUGUCACAUGCAGUGAACAUCUCACCUGAACCUGGACACGCUUCGACAACCUUAGCCCCCCACACAAAGGACCAAAACUGCAAAGAGCGUUUGUUGAAAGACAAGUUGCAGAGAUGUUGCAGGAAGCAUCUUCUGCACAAGAGGUUGACAUCGAACCAGCAGAUGCUGAAUUUCAAUCUUUGGUCCAUUCCAAAAGUUGCCAGGCUGAAGUGCCUAUUCAUGACAGAACACAGCUACUUGCCCUGCUGGCAAGAUUGCAGUGAUGAAAAUUGAGGGCCCAGCAACCUCCUUCUUCUGAUGACAAAAUUUGCAGGUCAUGCCCUUCUCAUCAUACAUUAUUCCAUGAAACUCCGGUGCCGAUGACAUCUUGAAUUCUUUUCUUUUUGUUUUGUCAUAUUUCUUGUUGUUUUCUUUUGGCACUGGACGUGACAUUUCCUUUAGAAUGGGUGCGUGUUGGAACAUCAGAAUGAUGAAGAUUUUGGGGAUGUGACAUUUCCUUUAGAAUGAGUGUGUGUUGGAACAUCAGCAUGAUAAAGAUUUUGGGGAUGUGAUUUUUUUGAAGACCCAGUUCGACAACUUGAAUCAGUGGGUUGACUGGAGAUUGUAGUGAUGAGGAAGAUUUGGCCUGUUGUUGUUGAACUGCAGUGUUUUCAUUGUUACACUGUGGCAAAGUUGCAGACUCAGGAGGGGUUGGAUUUGAAGCAGCUCUUUGAAGGGUUUCAGAAGACUCAUCAGGGGUAUUCAUUGCAGUCUGUCUUCUCAGACACAGUAGUCGAACUGUUUUGUUUGUAAUUACAAAUUUGAUAAUUGACGACUGACCAUUUUUUAUUGAUGUUGGUAACUGGUGUAAUGAUCAUGCUCCUUUUCGACGCGUGGUUGUUCAAUUUUGUCAAUGUUUAUGAGGGGGGCAACAUGAUUUGGUUCAAAUAUGACACCAUCUUGUACAUUCAGAUCACCAUCCCUAGUCCAUGUUAUGAUCAGUGGGUUGAAAUGAUGACUGGGGUAUUUUGACGAAAGGUGGACAAUCUUAUUGUUCAAAGGUUGAAUUACUCAGUUAAUCAAUGAGCGGCAUGGUGUAGGUACAUCAGGAUAAACUGAUAUUAUAUCUUAAAGUACGGUACUAAGAACAAGAAGAUGAAAAACAGAACACUAUCUUUUGUUGACUUGCGUUUGUCUGGCUUCAUGCAUCAUAGCAUCAAGAGCGGGAGUAGUGAAUGAAGAUCCCUCCAUUACUUAAAGAGAGUCUUGAUUCAAAAGACUAUGUCAUAAUGUGAUUUUGUCAAUAUCUGACUCAGCACAACACUGGUCCAGGCGAGGAUGAGUGAAGUAGUCAUUCAUGUUAUUUGUGAAUUCGUCACAGCAAUCUGACCGUAGGGAAGCUGCCAACUUCUCUGAGCCUGAAACAGUUACACCAUUCAGUUAAAAAAAAAAUUUCGACACUUUGAGACAAUCCAGAAAACCGCUCUUGGAGGUCACCCUAUGUCCGUGCCUCUUCUGGAAAAGUGUUUACUCCUGCCAUUUCCAUCCUUUAUGCAAAGUCCACCACCAUCUGUCCUUCAAAGUUCCUUUCCUGGAUGCCGUACUUACCCAUCACUUCUUCAUUGCCCGAUUCCUUUAUCAACAUGUCCAUUGCAAUCUGCACCAAUCACAACUCUCUCUGUGUCUGGGAUGGUCAGAACUACUUCAUCUAGUUCCUUCCAGAAUUUCUCUUUCAACUCUAGGUCACAUGUGCGACAUAGCUGCAAAUACAUUAUAUGAUUUCAAGUUUCAUUCUCAUCACAUGAUCUGAUACACUUUUCACCUCCAAGACAUUCUUAACCAAUUCUCCCUUUAAAAUAACCUAUACUAACUUUCUCUUCCUAUCUAAUCCUUCUUCUUCUUUUCCUUUCCGCUUGUCCCGUUCGGGGUCGCCACAGCAUUUCAUCUUUUUUCCAUCUAUGUCCUGCAUCUUCCUCCCGAACCCCAACUGCCCUCAUGUCUUCCCUCACCACAUCCAUCAACCUUCUCUUUGGUCUUCCUCUCGCUCUUUUCCCUGGCAGCUCCAUCCUCAGCACCCUCUACCAAUAUACUCAGUCUCUUGCCUCUAGACAUGACCAAACCAUUGAAGUCUGCUCUCUCUAACCUUGUCUCCAAAACAUCCAACUUUGGCUGUCCCUGUGAACUCAUUUCUAAUCCUAUCCAACCUGCUCACUCCAAGCGAGAACCUCAACAUCUUCAUUUCUGCUACCUCAAAUUCUGCUUCCUGUUAUUUCUUCAGUGCCACCAUCUCUAAUCCAUAGAUCAUGGCCAGCCUCACCACUGUUUUAUAGACUUUGCCCUUCAUCCUAGCGGAGGCUCUUCUGUCACAUAACACACCAGACACCUUGUUCGAGCUGUUCCAACCUGCUUUGACCCGUUUCUUCAAUUCCUUACCACACUCACCAUUGCGCUGGAUUGUUGACCUUAAAUAUUUGAAAUCCUCCACCCAUGCUAUCUCUUCUCCCUGUAGCCUCAGUCUUGCCCCUGCACCCCUCUCAUUCAUCCACAUAUAUUCUGUUUUAGUUGGGCUAAUCUUCAUUCCUCUCCUUUUCAGUGUACGUCUCCAUCUUUCUAAUUGUUCCUCUGCCUGCUCCCUGCUUUCACUGGAUAUCACAAUAUCAUCUGCAAACGUCAUGGUGCAAAGGGAUUCCAGUCUAACCUCAUCUGUCAACCUAUCCAUUACCACUGCAAACAGGAAGGGGCUCAGAACUGAUCCCUGAUGCACUCCCACGUCCACCUUAAAUUCUUCUGUCACAUCUACGACACAGCUCACCAUUGUUCUGCUGCCAUCAUACAUGUCCUGUACUAUUUUAACAUACUUCUCUCCCACACCAGACCUAUGCAUGCAGUACCACAGUUCCUCUCUUGGUACUCUGUCAUAGGCUUUCUCAAGAUCCACAAAGACACAAUGUAGCUCCUUCUGACCUUCUCUGUACUUUUCCACUAGCAUCCUCAAGGCAAAUAAUGCAUCUGUGGUACUCCUUCGAGGCAUGAAACCAUACUGUUGCUCGCAGAUACUUCUGUCCUGAGUCUAGCCUCCACUACUCUUUCCCAUAACUUCAUUGUGUGGCUCAUCAACUUCAUUCCUCUAUAAUUCCCAAAACUCUGAACAUCGUCUUAAUAAUGGGAACUUUUCCUCCAUUGUUCAGGCAUCUUUUUGCCCGCUAGUAUUCUGUUGAAUAAGUUGGUCAAAAACUCCACAGCCAUCUCUCCAACUUGCUUCCAUAACUCCACCGGUGUGUACUCAGGACGAACUGCCUUUACAUUUUUCAUCCUUUGUAGUACCUUUUUAACUUCCCCUUACUAAUCAUUGCCACUUCCUGGUCCUUCACACUUGCCUUUUCUCCUCUUCCUUCUCUCUCAUUUUCUUCAUUCAUCAACUUCUCAAAGUAUUCUUUCCAUCUAUUUCGUACACUACUGGCAACAUUCAACACAUUCCCAUCUCUAUACUCACCCUUACCUGCUGCACAUUCUUCCCAUCUCUAUCCCUCUGUCUGGCCAACCUGUAGAACACCUUUUCUCCUUCUUUCGUGUCCCACCUGGUGUACAUGUUAUGUGCCUCUUGUUUAGCCUUUGCUACCUCUACCUUGCCCUACUUCGCAUCUCAAUGUACUCCUUUCACCUCUUUUCAGUCCUCUCAGUGUCCCACUUCUUUUGCUAAGUUCUUUCUUUGUAUGACUUCCUGUAUUUUGGAGUUCCACCACCAAGUCUCCUUCUCCCCUUUCCUACCAGAAGACACACCAAGUACUCUCUUGCCUGUCUCUCUGAUCACCUUGGUUGUAGUCGUCCAGUCUUCCUAGAGCUUCUCCUGUCCAUCGAGAGCCUGUCUCACCUCUUUCCGAAAGGCCGCACAACAUUCUUCCGUUCUCAGCUUCCACCGCAUGGUUCUCUGCUCGACCUUUGUCUUCUUAAUCUUCCUACCUACCACCAGAGUCAUCCUACACACCACCAUCCUAUGCUGUCGAGUUACACUCUCCCCUACCUCUACCUUACAGUCAAUAACCUCUUUCAGAUUACAUCGUUUGCACAAAAUAUAAUCCACCUGCGUGCUUCUACCUCCUCUCUUGUAGGUCACUUUAUGUUCCUGCCUCUUCUGGAAAUAAGUGUUCACUACAGCGAUUUCUAUCCUUUUUGCAAAGUCCACCACCAUCUGUCCUUCAAAGUUCCUUUGCUGAAUGCCGUACUUACCCAUCACUUCUUCAUCAUCUCUGUUUCCUUCACCAACAUGCCCAUUACAAUCUGCAGCAAUCAUAACUCUGUCUGCCUGGGAUGCUCAGAACUACUUAAUCUAGUUCCUUCCAGAAUUUCUCUUUCAGUUCGAGGUCACAUCCUACCUGUGGGGCAUAGCUCCAUUUCUCUUCACAUCUACUCUGUGGUAGAAUAAUUUAAACCCUACUCCUAAACUUCUAGCCUUACUACCUUUCCACCUGCUCUCUUCGAUGCACAAUAUAUCAACCUUUCUCCUAAUCCUCAUGUCAACCAAGUCCUGAGCUUUUCCUGUCAUAGUCCCAACAUUCACAGUCCCUACACUCAGUUGUAGGGUCUGUGCAUUCCUCUUCUUCUGUCGACGAAUCCGGUUUCCUCCUCUUUGUUUUUGACCCACAGUCGCUGAAUUCCCGACGAUGCCCUGGAGGUUAACGGUCCCGGGGUAGGGGCGUUGUUAACCCCGGCCCACGACCGAUCCGGUAUGGGAUUCUUUAGAUCAUUGCUCAUAUUUGUUUGGCACAGUUUUUACGCCAGAUGCCCUUCCUGAUGCAACCCUCUGCAUUUAUUCGGGCUUGGGACCGGCCUACAGAUUGCAUUGGCUUGGCCCUCAUAGGGCUGCAGAUCCAGAAAACUAGACAUCAGGGACUAAUUCCAUCUUUUUUCCAGUAAUUUUCAGAGGGUGGUCAAGAAUGUUCUAAUCAGCCAUUGAGCUGAAAAAAUAAACCACAGUAAUACAGACACUAUUUUUUCCAAUCAGUAUUAAAGCAAAGCAAAUUUAUUUGUAUCGCGCACUUAACACACAAGGUAACUCAAUGUCCUUUACAUGAUUACAGGCAUGUGAAAACAAAGAGAUAAAACAUUGAAAAUUUGAUAAAAACAAUAAAAAUGACAAACAAAAUAUUUAUAAACAAAAACACAGUUAAAACCUCAUACAGUGCAAUUAACAUGAUCAAAAAGUGGAUAUAUUCUAAAUAGCAGUUUUCAACCUGGAUUUAAAAACAUUCAGGCCGACCUCACCUCUGUUGGCAACUCAUUCCAUUUUUGUGCAGCAUAAUAGCUAAAUGCUGCUCACCAUAUUUGCAUUGGACUCUGCGCUCUACGAUUUGACCUGAAUCAGUCGAUCUCAGAGCUUGACUGGGUUUGUAUUCCGUAAGCAUUUCUUUCAUGUAUUCAGUACCUAAAUCAUUUAGUGGUUUAUAGACCAGUAGCAGAACUUUAAAAUCUAUUCUAAAGUUGACUGGAAGCCAGUGGAAGGACUUUAGGAUUGGAGUUAUAUGACCACUUUGUUUUGGUCAGAACGCGAGCUACAGCAUUCUGAAUGCGCUGUUUUAAUAUUCUUUUUUUUUUUUUUUUUUGGGGAGUCCAGUCAGAAGACCAUGACAGUAGUGAAAUCUACUUGAUAUAAAAGCAUGGAUGAGCUUUUCCUGGUUUGCUUGACACAUAUAAGACUUGACUCUAGAUAUGUUCUUCAGAUGGUAGAAGGCAGUUUUUUAAUUGCUUUGAUAUGAUUGUUGAAAGUCAGGUUAUAAUUAAUCAGAACAUCAAGGUUUCGAACUUGUUCUUUGGUUUUUAAAGAGAGUCCAGGUGUUUACUAACAGCAAUUCUUUUUUCUUUAAUGCCAAAACAAUUGUCUCAGUUUUGUUGUGAUUUAGCUGAAGAAAAUUUGGACUCAUCCAGUUAUUUAUCUGAUUUAGACAGUACUCUUCUGUCACAUAAAACAUCAGACACCUUCCGCCAACUGUUCCACCCUGCUUGGACCUGUUUCUUCACUUCCUUACCACACUCUCCAUUGCUCUGUAUUGUUGACCCCAAGUAUUUGAAGUUAUCCACCUUCGCUAUCUCUUCUCCCUGGAGCUUUAUUUUUCCUCCUCUGCCCCUCUCAUUCACGCACAUAUAUUCUGUUUUACUUUGGCUAAUCUUCAUUCCUCUCCUUUCCAGUGCAUACCUUCAUCUUUCUAACUGUUCCUCCGCCUGUUCUGCGAACAUCAUGGUCCAAGGAGAAUCCAGUCUAACCUCGUCUGUCAGCCUAUCCAUUACUACCGCAAAUAGGAAGGGGCUCAAUGCGGAACCCUGAUGCAUUCCCACCUCCACCUUAAAUUCUUCUGACACACCAACUGCACAUCUCACCGCUGUUCUGCUGCCCUCAUACAUGUCCUGUGCUAUUCUAACAUAUUUCUCCGCCACACCAGACUUGCGCAUGCAGUACAACAGUUCCUCUCUUGGUACUCUGUCAUGGGCUUUCUCUAGGUCUUCAAAGAUACAAUAUAGCCUCUGUCGUUUUCCACGAGCAUCUUCAAGGCAAAUAGUGCAUCUGUUGUACUCUUUCUAGGCAUGAAACCAUAUUGUUGCUUGCAGAUAAUUCUGUCCUGAGUCUAGCCUCCACUACUCUUUCCCAUAACUUCAUUGUGUGGCUCAUCAUCUUUAUUCCUCUGUAGAUUCCACAGCUCUGAACAUCGCCUUUGUUCUUAAAAAUGGGGACUAGCACACUUUUCCUCCAUACUUCUGGCAUCUUCUUUCCGGCUAGUAUUCUAUUGAAUAAAUUGGUCCAAAACUCCACAGCCACCUCACCAAAUUGCUUCCAUACAUCCACUGGUAUGUCAUUGGGACCAACUGUCUUUCCAUUUUUUGUUUUGUUCAGUGCCUUUCUAACCUCUCCCUUACUAAUCAAAGCCACUUCCCGGUCAUUCACGCUUGCCUCUUCUACGCUAUCUUCUCUUCCAUUUUCUUCAUUCAUUAACUUUUCAAAGUACUCUUUCCAUAGACUUAGCACAAUACUGGCACCAGUCAACAUAUUUCCAUCGCUAUCCUUAAUCACCUUUACUUGCUGCACAUCCUUCCCAUCUCUAUCCCACUGUCUGGCCACCCUCCUUUUCUCCUUGUUUUGUAUCCAACCUGGAGUACAUGUCGUCAUAUGCCUCUUGUUUAGCUUUCGCCACAUCUGCCUUUGCCCUACGGCGCAUUUCAAUGUAUUCCUUAUGCCUCUCUUCAAUCCUCUCCGUGUCCCACUUCUUCUUCGCUAAUCUCUUAUCUUGGAUGACUUCUUGUAUUUUAGGGUUCCACCAGUCUCCUUCUCCCCUUUCCAACCAGAAGACACCCAACGUACUCUCCUGGCUGCCUCUCUGAAUACCUUAGCAGUAGUAUUCCAGUCUUCUGGGAGCUCUUCCUGUCCAUCUUGAGCCUGUCUCACCCCUUUCCGGAAGGCCACACAACAUUCUUCCUUUCUCAACUUCCACCACCUGAUUCUCUGCUCUACCUUGGUCUUCUUAGUCUUCCUAACCACAACCAGAGUCAUCCUCCACGCCACCAUCCUAUGCUGCCAAGCUACACUCUGCCCCACCACAACUUUACAGUCGGUAACCUCCUUCAGAUUGCACCGUCUGCACAAAAUAUAAUCCACCUGCGUUCUUCUACCUCCAUUCUUGUAGGUCACUCUAUGUUCCACUCUCUUCUGGAAAUAAGUGUUCACCACUGCCAAUUCCAUCCUUUUUGCAAAGUCCACCACCACCUGCCCCUCAAAGUUCCUUUGCUGAAUGCCGUACUUACCCAUCACUUCUUCAUCACCCCUGUUUCCUUCACCAACAUGUUCAUUGAAAUCUGCACCAAUCACAUCUCUCUCACACAUUCUAUUUGUCAUUUGCUCAUCAGAUUGUUUGGAUGAGGCAAAUGAAUCUUUUUGCACCUUGUCUUGCCUAAUCUCUUGUUCCUCCGAUUGUUUGGGAACAACUGAAUCCUUUUGUCCUUGGUUUUCGUAAACAUUUAAUUUACGGGGCGGUGAAUGACGCACACAGUAGAAAAUGUUGGCAGCUAAUAACUUCACCCCUUGUCUAUUUUGACAGAAAUCGUCUGCUUUGUAAAGAUUUUUACGCUCCCAAAAAAGGCAGAAAUUGUCAAUGAAACUCAUGGAUAGUGCAGUGCACACCUUGCCUAACUACAAAUUCAAUUGACAGAGCCUCGAGAAACGUUCAUCUCCAGAUCGUACAAGUGGGAGAGGUCCGCUUAUAAAAAUCUCAGUAUUCAUCCCUUGCACUUUUGUUUGGAGAUGAGUGAAAUCUUGAUUUAGUACCUAUGAUUACUGCUUGAGAACAGCCAAGGCCCCUCUGUGUAUAAUGACAGAUUUCACAGUUUGGUGCUGAUCAAUGAUCGCCAGGAUUUUUUUCAAGAUAUUAGACACCGUGUCAUUAGUAAAACACUGUGCUUUGGUGUUCUUCUCACUGCAAAAGUUUUUCACAUCCUUGAUGGCUCCAUCACCAACAAUGAAUGUUUGGGGUCCCAAUUUUUUCUUGGAUGAUUUAAUUUCAUACCUUUCAGUGGUCGUGGAGGAUGAGCAUUCUUGGCCUGGGUCUUGUAAGAGUGCCUCAAAUCGAUUUGUAAGUCUGACAUCAAUAUUUUGCACUGACUCGCAUUCUUUUUUCUUGCUCUUCGCUGUAAUGGUCCCUCACUUGGUGUUGAGGCGGCCCGCAACGCAGGCCAGCAAGAUUCUUCUGUAAUCUCCUGGUGCUGUUUUGUCUUACUUUUUAAAUGUCCCAUAUGUUUGGGCUUUGCUCCCAGUGUAUUCCAGAAGAACUGCUGGGAUGUCCGUUAUCCAUAGUUCACUUCAGUCGUCGUUGUUGAGCGAGGUGCCUGUCUGUUAGCACACCUCUGCUCACCAUUUUGAGACAUCUGUAGAGGUGUUUUAUUCCCCGACUGUCCAUUUCCAUCCACAUAAACUUCAAGACUGCAGAUUUUCGAUUCCAGAAUUGACACCCUCUGCAGUAGUUCAUGAUAGUCCUCAGUAGAGAAGGGCAUCUUGUCGGCUUGUCUUGUUGCUAAUACCAGGCUUGUGCUAAUUAGCAGGCCACGGUCACGUAAUGAUGAAACCACUGAUUAUCCACAAAAAGAAUAAUACAGUCUCAAUGAUUUAAAAGUAUCCAGGAGUUGCUGCUUCUAAGAAAAAUAUUUUAGAAGAAAAACAAGCUUAUCAGCAAGAAAAAGAGUGUCAUCAGAGGCAAACCAGGCAGAGCAAGAGUAAAGAAAAAAAGUGUCUGCAUUGUAUGAGAAGCAAGAGAGAGUUAGAACAUAAAGUACAUGUAAAUCACUCUGUCUAGACCAGGGGUGUCAAACAUACGGCCCGUGGGCUGGAUCCGGCCCGUCUGGUAAUUUGGUACGGCCCGGGGAAGAAAGCUGCAUUGUAUAAAAAAAAUGUGAAUUUUCUUUAAAAAUUUGUAGUUCUUGUAUUAUCCGCUAGGGGGCGCAGUGUUUUAGUAUGUGCAGACAACAUGAAAGCAACACUGUGGCGGAACUAGGACCACCUUGACCUGGUAAAAUUGAACGUCUGUACAGCGUCUAUUGCCGACAAUUGCAUUAUCUACUUUUCCGUUUGCCUCGCACCCUCAUCAGCAAAAUGUCUUUGUCAAAAAGGAGAAAAGUAGACACAGAGUGUCGGACUUUUCAAGAAAAAUGGACAUGUUCUUAUAUGUUCACGGAGGUGAAUGGGAAACCCGUGUGCCUGGUGUGCCAGCAGCAAGUUUCGGUGCUUAAAGAAUACAAUAUUCGGCACCAUUACGAAACUCAGCAUGGUGAAAAACACAACAGUUUGCAUGGAGAAUUGAGAAAACAGAAGGUAAAUGAAAUGAUGGCGCGUCUGAAGAAACAGCAAUCUGUUUUCACCCGGAGCCGAGAAGCCAGUGAUGCUGCGGUGAAAGCCAGCUACCUAAUUGCGAGCCAAAUAGCAAUGGCAUCACAGCCAUACAGUGAUGGAGAGUUCAUCAAAAACUGCUUGCUGACGGCUGCUGAAAUUGUGUGUCUUGAGACGCGACAUGCUUUCGCCAAUAUAAGCUUGACAAGAAAUACCGUGGCAGACAGGAUUUCGGAACUCUCUGCAGAUUUGGACCACCAACUAAAACGCAAAGUGGGGUCAUUUGUGGCAUUUUCUGUUGCGAUUGAUGAGAGUACUGAUAUCACGGACGUCGCUCAACUGGCCAUAUUCAUUCGUGGAGUUGACAAGACUUUGAAUGUCACAGAGGAGUUUCUCGAGCUGGUGCCGAUGAUCGACACCACAACAGCUGAGGACAUUUUCAGCUCCGUCGUUGGAGCGCUGGACAGAGUCGGAGCGGACUGGUCACGCGCCGUAAGCCUGGCUACUGAUGGUGCGCCGUCAAUGAUCGGUAAAAACACAGGUGUUGUGACAAAGUUCAGAGAUAAAGUACAAGCCGCAAAUGGAGGAGGUAAUUUUUGGACAUUUCAUUGCAUUUUGCAUCAGGAGGCAUUAUGCAGCAAAUUGCUAAGAAUGGAUCACGUCAUGGAGGUGGUUGUCCGAACUGUUAAUUUCAUCCGAGCCAGAGGUCUCAAUCAUCGUCAAUUUGACAGCUUUCUCAGUGACUGUAACAUUAUCCAUGGUGUGCCUUAUCACACGAACGUACGAUGGUUAAGCAGAGGUGCUGUGCUAAAGCGCUUCGUUGAUUUACGUGAUGAAAUCGGACAAUUCAUGGAGAAAAAAGGUAAAACUGUUCAGGAAUUACAGUGCCAUCUGUGGCUGCAGGACCUUGGGUUUAUGGUUGACAUCACUGAGCACUUGAAUAUUCUUAACAAAAUGUUGCAGGGACGCAAAAAAAUUGUAACACAGUAUUAUGACAGCAUACGUGCAUUCAAGUUAAAGCUCGGGUUAUGGGAGACACAGGUGGCAAGCGGUGACCCUGCUCAUUUUCCCUGUUUAAAAGAUAUGUGCGCAGCAAGCGUUAAUUCUGACGUGAAACGGUACAAAGAGAAGAUUUCAGGGCUGUUGAUGGAAUUUGAGAAAAGAUUUCAGGUUUUUAGCAAACUCGAAAGAGAUUUUGCAGUUUUUCGCUCACCAUUCACAGUCAAAGCUUCUGAUUUGCCCGUUGCCAUGCAACUUGAAAUCAUUGAUUUGCAGUGUGAUGUAGAACUGAAGGACAGAUUUGCCUCUGUAAGCUUGGACACAUUUUACAAGUACCUCCUACCAGGCUAUCCCGCAUUGACAGCACUAGGUGCUAAAACAUUGUCCAUGUUUGGGACAACCUACCUUUGUGAGCAAGUUUUCUCACUAAUGAACAUUAAUAAAACAAAGCUGCGCUCAAAGCUCACACAUAAGCAUUUGAAUGAGAUUCUGAAAUUGGCUGCUUCUCAGGACAUGAUGCCUCAUAUUGAUGCACUUGUGCAGGAUAAACGAUGUCAAGUUUCAAGGGCAAAUUCCAAGCAAGACGAAUAAUUGCUGUGAAAGUUAUUCAUUUGUUCAAAUUGCUUUCCAGAUGUUGAAAAACAGUGUUUUUAAGUUCCACAAGGCUGGUACUAAAUGUUUUUGGAACAUUGUUACUAUUUCUGUGAUCAGUUUUAUGUACAACACACUUAAAUAUAUGUUUAACUGUGUAAAAGUGUUGUUAAAAUUGCACAUACUUUAUUUAUGUUCUUAUGUUAUUCUCUUGUUCAUAAUAUAUUGUUCAUAAUGUAAAAGGAAAAUUCUGUUA